GGACCCCGCCUUUAAGACACGUGGUUGGCUUCUUAUCAAGAUGGCGUCUCAGACUGAGUCUUUACCCGAUGCUCUCCUGGAAGCUCUGGCAGAAAAGGGUCGAGUAGAUUCCUAUGAAUAUGCUACUAGUGUUGGUAGAAAUCACCAAGACGUGGUUGGAGCCGUAAAGAGUUUGGAAUCCGUUGGAGAUGUUAUAAAGACAGAGCAGAAACAGACUGAAUUGUGGGAGCUGACAGAAGAAGGUAAAGAGAUAGCUGAGAAUGGUUCGCAUGAGGUUAGACUCUUUGAAGCAGUCGAUCAAUCAAAUGGAACACCACAAAAUGAACUGAUGUCUACAGUUCCUAAUGCUAAGAUUGGUUUCAGCAAGGCAAUGUCCAACAAAUGGCUAAGGAUAGACAAAUCAUCACCAGGCCCACCACAAGUUUAUAGAAACGUGGAGUCAGUGACUGAUACUGUCCGUAAGUUAUUGUGUUCCCUCAAAGGUGAGAGUGGGAGGGGAGAACUAUCCGACGAGAAUUUGAAGGAAUUUAAGAAGAGGAAGCUCAUCACUAACACUAUAAUAAAAAGUUACGUAAUCACACAGGGUCCUAGCUUUACGACUAGCAUCAGUAAGAAGAGUACAGAGCUUACUGCUGAAAUGAUACAAAAUGGUUCAUGGAAGAAUGAAGAAUUCAAGUCUUACAAUUUCAAUGCACUAGGAGCUCCUCUUGCCACUGGUCACCUCCAUCCAUUGCUUAAAGUUAGGACCGAAAUACGACAAAUAUUCCUUGAGAUGGGAUUUUGUGAAAUGCCUACGAAUAAUUUCAUUGAGAGCUCCUUUUGGAAUUUUGAUGCUCUUUUCCAGCCUCAGCAGCACCCUGCCCGUGAUGCUCACGACACAUUCUUUUUAAAAGAUCCCCAGUUUUCUUAUGAUUUCCCUACCGAAUAUUUAGAGAGAGUGAAGACCAUGCACCAGACAGGAGGACAUGGAUCAAUAGGUUAUCAAUAUGACUGGAAGUUAGAGGAAGCUCAGAAGAACAUUCUCCGGACUCACACUACUGCUGUUAGCACAAGAAUGCUCUACAAACUUGGACAACAAGUGGGUGUGGUUCAUUCAAAUGAAUAA